GAGAGAGACAGACAGACAGACAGACAGAGAGAGACAGAGAAAGAGAGAGUGAGCAGCUGCAGAAACAGAACAACACGGACGAGAGUGUAAAAAAAUGUGCAUCUUUCGAUGCAUAUUCUUCUGACUAAAAGUGCGUACGUCUGUGUCUGUAUAUAUGUGCGUAUUCAUGUAUCCACGUAAACAAAGUGCUUGCAAAUAAUAACCGCCAUGACAUGCAGCAACUCUUGUGCUGUGGGCAUUUGAUAAUCGACUCGUGUAUGCUGCUGCUGCGCUAAUAAGCCAGUGAAAUUGCGGGUAGAAGGACCGGUUACCGCUGUGCUGCUGCCUACACACUUGUCGGUCCUUUUUUUCUUACUUCUCUCGUCCAUAUCUCUCUCGCUCUCCUCAAGGCCGUUCACUCAGUCUCUGGCGACUCUCUCAAAUAUACAUCGCAGAAAGAGGCUAGCAUGCCUCAGGACUGCUGCUGCAGGCUAUUAUGGCUGCAGGCGAGGAUAACGUUGUCAAUUCCUCAUCCGGCAACAAUGCCAACAAUAACAAUACGGCCAAUGCCAAGCCAAGGCAGGAGAAACAAUACGACUACCUGCUCAAGUUCCUGCUCGUCGGCGAUAGCGAUGUAGGCAAGCAGGAGAUACUUAGCGGCCUCGAGGAUGGUGCCUUUGAGUCUCCCUUCUGUAGUGGUAGUGCUUACAAAACUACUACUAUUUUGUUGGAUGGAAAGAGGGUCAAGCUACAACUUUGGGACACUUCUGGACAGGGAAGGUUUUGCACUAUUAUCAGGUCUUACUCCAGAGGAGCGCAAGGAAUUUUGCUUGUCUAUGACAUCACUAACAAAUGGUCCUUCGAUGGGAUUGAUAGAUGGCUGAAGGAAGUGGAAGAGCAAGCACCUGGAGUGCCAAAGGUGUUAGUUGGCAACCGCCUACAUUUAGCUUUCAAAAGACAAGUGAGUGAGCGAGAAGCUGAGAUCUAUGCUGCUAAGAAUCAUAUGGUAUAUUUUGAAGUGUCACCUCUGUGUGAUUUCAAUAUAAGAGAAAGUUUCUCUGAACUCUCUCGCAUGGCUCUUCAUCGUAACGGAAUGGAACGACUGUGGAGGUUCAAUAAAGUUCUAAGCCUACAAGAGCUGGCCUGCCGUGCAAUAGUAGCAAGGACAACAGUUUAUGGUAUAGAACAGCUGCCUUUGCCAACGUCAAUAAAGUCCCACUUGAAAUCAUAUGCCAUGACGACGGUACCGCAGCUGCGAUCACAGAUUCUCUGCGACAAUCGUACUCUCACCAUAAAGUCCAGGGACUUUAAAAAUCGCAAACGUUCGCCUUGGCUACUACACACCAGUCCUAACAGUGCUGGAUUCUCGACACCUGGUAACUCGCCGUCCGGAAGUAUUAACGAUUCUCGCACCAGCUGCGUCGGUCGCAACUCUUGUACUAUAUCCUGAUCGAAACAAGUCUUUACUCGCGUUUGGUCCAUGUUUAAGACGCGUGUCGCUUUUGUUUUCUUACGUUAGUACUUUGACCAGGGAUUUGUUGUUAUUUUUUAACUGUUGAAUUGUACAAAAAAGAAAUAAUGAACAGUAGUUUUGUUGUUAAACAUUAGAGUACCAGGGAUUGAAGACUAUUUUUGUUUCACUUUGCGCUUGCAGACUAUAUAGAAGUGAGUAAAGAAAGUAGAGACAAAACUCGGUCGAAGUACUGGUGUAGAAAAUCCUUCAAUAAACGUCCAUCUUUUAUCUUUCUAGAAAUUUAUAAAUCUUCAAUAUAAUUGAUAGAGAGACAUUGAUUCUGGCAAUAUAUGACUUAAUUACGUAUGUAAGGACAGAGUAGACCUCUCGUGUGCAUGUGUAUUCGUUAUUUGUGCGCAUUAGAAUAUGUCAUCUCUCGUUCAUGCAAUUGUUAGUUUUCAACAAUCGAAGAUUAAUCUAAAAAUUACGCUGUUAUGUUUUUAUUAUAUAUUUUUCUCUUUCUUGAUAAAAAAUUUGUUGGGCCAAAAGUCCUUUAGUCGGUUAACGAAAAUUUAUAUGCAAUUAUCAUUACCUGUAACAAAUAAUGACCGCAGCCAAUAUCGUAAUUUCAUAUAUUCAUGCUAAAGCAGUUUUUGGCGAAUUAAUCUCAUUAAAACUUGUAAAAUCAUAUUGUACAAACUAAAAUGUCUAUAUGCCCUAUAUGUCCUCUCAUAAUAACUCAAUUUUCAUCAAUAGUAGCGAGCUAGUCAUCAUUCAUCGACCAUAGCAAUUUUCAAAAUAAUCUUUUUCUCUCUACUCGCUAUAAGCUUCUUAUGAUUGAGUAAAUGAAAAUUGUAUUUAUAAGUAACCAUGCGUGUUGAAUAAAAGUUGUACAAAUUCAAAAUACAGGGUUUCGCCUGAUUAUAGACUUGCAAAAUGCAAUGGCAUCACUACGAGUAUUCGAUAACAAAGAAAUAAGCAUUAAAAUUGCCGUGAAAACCCAACUGUAAAGAAAAAAAUCGCAUUGUCAUUUGUGUAUACGCUAAUAUAAGAGAUGCAAUUGCAAAAGAACUAAGAUGCCAACAAUAUUUUUGUACAUCUUGUAAAAAGUAUUUUAUGUUACUUACAAAAAACUACUCGUUGAUGUGUAUGUGUGAGCGUGUAUCGGUGUGGGUGUAUACAGAGUAUGAAUUUUUGUGUAAAACAAAAGUGAGUGUGUCUUUGCUCGUAGACGAAUUGUGAAACACUUGUAAAUAAAAAAAAAAAAAAAAAAAAGUAAUA